AUCAUAAUUUGAAUUUAAUUAUUAGAAUCUACGUUUACGCGAGAACGUAAAGCAUACCCCCAAAAUCAAGGGUGUACCAUAAACAGGCUUAAAAAAAUAAGCACUAUCUUAAACUUAUAAACAACAAUAAUCUAACACUCUUUUGCAAAUGUAUGAAGGAGAAUUGGGCACACAUAUUCUGCAGCCUCCAUGGAAUUAUACUCUGGCUCUAUAAGUCUCUUGAUAUUAUAUUCACGAUUUUGUAGUGUUCUCAAAGUAGCCAUUCCCACGAUGACCCAUUUUCUCAUUCUUGCAAUAACAAUGUUGCUAAUUACCAAAUGAAGAAAUGCAAUUGAAUAAAAGCAAAGACAAAACAAGUAAAAAAAAAAACCCCCACUUCCUCUACCUGUGAGUUAAAGGCUAAAAAAGAUUGGAUUGACUACCACAAGGCCAACCAUUUGAUGCUCCAUUCGACCAUAUUCUAUACAAUAUAAAAUACAACUAUACAUUUUUGUUGGUGUAGAUCAUAUUUCCUUGAAACUGAUAGAUUUGGGAUGGAAACGCAGACAAUCUUUGUACACCACAUAACUAUAUUAAUAUUAUUUCAACAACAAUACGGUAUCAGUAUGCUAUCGGUUAAAUUAUGAUUGUACUACACGCGAUACCGUACUAUUAGGUUGUCUGAUACGAUUUCUGGUACGAUUUUGCUAUCCAUAGUUCUGAAACAUACUUGAUUUCUCCUAUACUUUCCCCCAUUAAUGAGUCAUGUAACCUUAUUCUCCUGUUCCAUUUGAGGCUUUAAUUAUAUAUAUAUAUAUAUCUAUACUUUUCCUCAGCGAAAGUGGCGAUCCACAAUACCUUGGUGGAGUAUGGCAUUGCAUGGAAGCUUUGGUAUUUCUAUUUAAGGAAAUCCCACUCUAAUCAAGUUUGGAAAUUGAAUUAAUAUUUAUUUUUUAAUAUGAAUCUUCUGACGAAAUAAAGCACUACCAAUUAAGUAAGCGUACCUUUCGCAGCCUUAUUUCUAUAAGUAAUGCUUGCAGAAUUUUUAAAUUCUUAAUCAUAUACCAUAUAAGGCAACUAGAUCUAUGCAUUGGUGUUACACAUUAUGCCCCAAAUGGAAAGGUCUGUCCACCACCCAAAUUAAAAUAUUUCUGCUUUGUUUCACACAACAAAAUUGAAAAUUUCUAUUUUUCUCUCUCUCUCUCUAUAAACACCCGAUAAAUUCAUAGGAACAACGAUACAAACUUAUAAUUUUUAUGUGUUAACUAAUCGGUGUUAAUAAUUCGAGUUGGAAGUAAUUACAAAAUAGAACUUACCUCAUUCUCUUACAAUCACUCCCAAACAGAAAUCAAUCCAUGCACUUGAAAUUGAACUUUCCACAAGCAUGUACCUACACCUUUAAUUAACUGUUAAUGUUGAAAGUCGUGAACGCUUUAUGUAGUCAUAAAUCCUAUUUGUAUUAAUUGAGCUUGGUUGACUUUGUAUACCAUUCCGUUGUGAUCCUUUCAGGUCCUUGGCAAUUUGAAUUUCAUAUUUUUGUAUGUGAAAAAAGUAAAAAUAUCUUCAUAUACCAGACGUUAGCUAAUAAGAACCGCAUCUUCAAAAUUGCAAUCUUCUCACGAAAUAUACACUACAAAUAUGUUGUUUCCCAAGGCACGUUUGCCGCCAACUGUAGCGGCACUACCAUCCGCUAAAACUCGUCCCUUUUUAAUGUAGUUACCUCGUCAAACCUUCAAACCCAUGCAAGACUCAUCCUCAACUCAAAUGAAAGCCAACCCGUGAGGUUGAAUUUUACAUAAAUUCAUGCUUAAUUCUUUCUUAUGUUUAAAUUAACGCGGUUAAUACUAAACUUAUGAGGAUUGAAAUUUACAUAUAUUUGUGAAAAAUUAAUAUACAUUAACCGGGAGUUCGACUCCUCAUCGUCCAAUAUAAUAAGACGAUUAUAAUAUGUUUAGAACUAGUUUAUUAAUUAAGGGUUAAUAUAUCCAAGAAUUUCUUUACGUGUUUUUCCUUCUGAAAGAGAGAAUAAGAGAAUAAGGACAUUCCAGCUUGAGGUGACCCUUAAAAUGGUUUUUUUAUGGGCUGUUAGUUCUUCCCCCACCCUCCAACAUGUCUAUGUUUAAUUAACAAAAUGGCAAACACAAUAUGCUUUAGAAUGUCGAAACUAAGAAAAAGUUUUAAAAAGAGAGACGAAAAAACUACAGUUACCUCUAACCCUAACUCUUCCAGCUUCUAGAAAAAUUAUCAUGAGUCUUGUACUCGUAGGUUUUAGAUUCAAAUAUCUUAAAUAACACCUAAUUAAAAACCAAACAUAUAUCACUUUUGUAGGGAAAAACAAGAUGAAUGUACCCGUAGUUGCAAUUCUGAACAGUUAGGGAGUUUGAACACCCACAUCUUGAAGUAUUUUUUUUUUCUCCUUAUAUUUGAUGGCAACUGUGUCUAGUCGUUGUUUAUAAUCAUGAUUUAAUCGUGAGUCAACCGUUUUAUACGACUAAAAACUAUCUACCAAAGAUUUUUCCGGUUGAUUUCACAAACAUUGCCCAAAUCACUCCUUAUUUGUUGUGCUGUCGACAAGCCAUAUUAUCCCGCACGUGAUGACCUCUGUAUGCAUCUCUAUCUGCAGGCUGCAAAGCUAACACAAAGUCCUUCGAUGAGCUUCAAAAGAGAGGGGGAAAAACACUGCACAUGUUGUUUCCUUUUUCUCCCAUCAGUAAGAGAUUAAAAAGUUUAACUAUCCAUUUUUCUAUUGGGACCAAAUGUUUAGUUCGCUAACAUGGUAUUAGAGCCAAGAAUCGAGCGGUCAUGAUUUCGAAUCCCUCCUAACGACCCCCAAUUUCCAGCCAAUUGCACAAGGGUUCAACCUGUGCAAACCGUAAAAAAUCCACAAUUCAACAUCGACUUUCGUCUGAAGGAGGCGUGUAAGUGAUUAAAAGGAUUAACUAUACUUCUCCCAACAACCUGAAACCCAGAUUAUUCCAUCUCCAUUUUAAUUUCCACUUACUAUAAAUGGGCGGUUGGGGGAUUGCACUUCCCACUCUCAAUUCUCAAUUCCCCAACCAACCAAAGGGCAAAAAAUAUAGUACCACUGCUACUACUACUGGUACUUUUCCAUCCACCUAUCUAGUUAGUUUCUUCCUCUCUCUCUCUCUCUCUAGAAUCGCCCACAAGGAAAAAAAAUGGGGAAAGUGGUGUCAGAUCCUCUGGAGGUCGGGAGAGUGAUAGGAGAUGUAGUGGACAGCUUCAACCCGAGUGUGAAGAUGGCUGUCACUUACAACUCCACAAAGCAGCAGCAGCAGGUCUUCAAUGGCCACGAGCUCUUCCCUUCUGCUCUCACUCUUAAGCCCAAGGUCGAGGUCCAUGGUGGUGACCUCAGGUCCUUCUUCACCCUGGUGAUGACAGACCCAGAUGUCCCUGGCCCAAGUGAUCCUUACCUCAGAGAACACUUGCACUGGGUAGUGACUGAUAUCCCAGGCACCACUGAUGCAACAUUUGGGAAGGAAGUGGUGAGCUAUGAGAUGCCGAGGCCCAACAUAGGGAUCCACAGGUACGUGUUCGUGCUGUUCAAGCAGAGGUCCAGGGGCCAAACGAAGUCGUUUUCGGGCUCCAGGGACAACUUCACCACCAGGAGGUUUGCUCGGGACAAUCAGCUCGGCCUCCCCGUCGCUGCCGUUUUCUUCAACGCUCAGCGGGAGACUGCUGCCAGGCGCCGCUAGCCAACUAUCCACAACAACAACAACAACAACAACAAGAAGAAGAAGAAGAAGAAGAAGAUGAAGAUGCAUAGGAUACGAGUAUAUGGGUUUGUUUACGUACGGUGUUGUGUUUUCCUUCUCAUUAACAAAGGUGCAUAUGCCGUGCACUCUGAUCUGCUGUAAUAUUGAUAUGGUUUCAGUGUCUGCUGGUUCUCGUACUUGGUCUCUUAAUUUCCCUUUGAUUAUAUCGACGGAUGUAAUGCUAUAUAUUGUUGCUUAUACAUAUGCUAGUCGUGAAUAAACAAUAUCUGUUGGUAUAAUGCGGCUAAAGAAACUGAAACUGCAAAGCGUCUCCUUAAUCCUCGGUUGAGGUGAUGAACUUGAGAAUUAUGCCGGGCAGGCCCGGCCAAGAGGGUGUGCCAGGUGGCCCUCUAGCAUAUGGCCUACAAUUAUUAGGGGUCUCCAUCUGAAUCCGAUAGUUAACCCGACCGUAUAUUGUAGGUUGUAAUUGUAGUGUAUAACGCAUGUAUAUAUAGUAUAUACUAGACACUUACAUUGAUUGUAAGUAUCGUUUUUGUUUCGAAAAUCUUAUUUAUAUUAUAAAAAUACAAGAAAAUUUUAGUGGAAUA